UAUUUGGGGGGAAAAAAAAAUCCCCGGCUGGGCCACGGCCCUUUUUAACCAAAUCCUGCUUGUCAAAUGUCAAGCUCGAAAGAAAGGGAGAGAUUGGUUUCUAGGGUUUACGGGGUUUUGAUUUUCCUAUCGAUCCGACAAUUGUCAGCUUUGUUUGCAUAAAGCUUGGCUGUGAGUUUUUCCUCGCAAGAUGACUGGAAUCUUGGGAUUCAGGAACCUUUCACCGAAGACUAAGAAUUUGGUAGUUGCUGGUGGCUUGUCAGCAUUUGUCUUGGGGGUAUAUUUUUACACUAUGAGAGCUGUUGGUGGUACAGAUGAGCUUCAGGUUGCUAUAGAUAAGUUUGAAGGACAGAAAAGCAAGCAGGAUGCUUGAGGCAAGCAGGCUACUGAAGGCUUGAUCUUAUGAUCUUUGGUGUAAUAAUGUAAUCACAGACCGAGGAUAAUCUUUUUGAAAAGCUGUAUUUUGUUUCUUGGCAAGAUUGCAUUUUACUUUGAUCUGUAUGGAAAAUUGAAAAUGAAAAGAAGCUAGCUAGUUCUCAAGUUUUGUCCACCAGCUUUACGAUUGUGAAUAAAUAAGCACUGAAUGACCUCGGCGGAUAUCCACACAGACGGUUUGUCUGUUGGAUUAGUAAUUUAUCUCUGUUAUGACUUUA